AUGGUCUAUGGUCGGACUCUCACGGAAGCACGACUCUUGAAGUCUGCCAACUACGUACGCACAGAGCUGCCAACCAGGAUUGCACACCGUAUACGAGAUAUGCAGCAGCUCCCUUAUGGCGUCGCCUCGAAUCCUGAUAUCAACGAUGUCUAUAACCUGUACAAUGAUGCCUUUCACACGUUUCGCAAGGUCAAGGAGAUCCAAACCCUCGAGGACAAUGACCAGUUCUGCUCCAUCAUCCGCACGAUGCUCAAGACUCAUCUUCCCGUGAUCCCCAAGCUUGCCACGGGGAUUAUCAAAAGCAGAGACCAGGUUGACCGCCGCGUUCUCGACGGGUUCAUGUAUACCAUCCUUAGAGCGAGGAUAUCCCGUCGCGUAAUCGCUGAGCAGCAUCUUGCCCUCACCGAAACGUUCCACUCGGACUGGUUCUCACACGGUGCCACGUUGUCCGAGACCGAGUUCAUUGGAGAAGUCUUCAUCAAGUGCGUCGCCAAGGACGUCAUCGACCGCUGCGCCAGCGCCGUUCAGAAACUCGCCCGCUCCACCUACGGCCCGGACGUCUAUAUUCCCGACAUCAAUGUUAACGGCCACCUGGACGCCAGCUUUCCCUAUAUACUCAGCCACUUCGAAUACAUCAUCGGGGAACUCCUCCGCAACUCUGUCCAGGCCGUCAUCGAGCGGCAGCAGCGUCAGGCCGCUGAGGGUCCCAGCGUCCCCUCCGUCCCGCCACCGCCCAUCGAGGUCACGAUAUGCGAAGCGCCGACGCAGGUCAUUAUCCGCAUCAGCGACCAGGGCGGCGGGAUUCCGACCGACGAACUCCCUUACCUCUGGUCCUUCACCGGCGGCCCGCAAAGCCGUCGACGCCUCGAGAAUCUGCGUCGCGUCCCCACCCUCGCUGCCACCAUGCAGGAGCUGCACGUCUCCGACGAGCUCGGCCGCGCCGACCUCAAGACGCCGACAUACACUAAUUCCCUCGCCACCCUGACAAGUCGGCCUCCUGAUCUGAGGCUGGGCAUCGGCUUGCCCCUAAGCAAGGUCUACGCCGAAUAUUGGGCGGGGACUCUCGAGCUGCACAGUCUGUGGGGCUACGGCGUAGAUGCAUUCCUCCAGAUCUCCAAGCUUGGCAACAAAAACGAGCAGUUGGCGACCCGUGCCAGCGUGGAUUCUGUAUAA